UCCAUUCUUGGUGGAAGGACUGCAGACAUAGUAUUGAAAAUGAUAAGGCCGGCGAUGUUGAUUAUAAGAGAUCAGACACUAUAAAUACCCCUGCAAAUUUUACAGUAUAUCUUCAAUAACAAAUGGCUUCUUUCAAUGCAUGCUAUGGCUUGGCGCUACUCAUCGGUGUCGUCUCAACUUUGUUCAUCAGUGGGCACUCUGGUGAUCCAGACAUCCUGAAAGAUUUCAUGGCUCCUAAUGGGACUGUUGUAGAUUCCGGCUUUUUCCUUCACAGAGAUCUAAGGAACUCUUUGAGAGGUGCUCCUAAGGAUGUGCCAUUCAAGGUCACAAAGGCUAGCAGCAUUGAGUUUCCGGCAUUGGAAGGCCAGAGUGUAUCACUUGCUGUAUUGCAGUUUGCGCCCGGUGGUGUCAAUGCACCGCAUACUCACCCUCGUUCGGCCGAGCUCUUGCUCGUUGUGCAAGGAUGGCUCAAGGUUGGAAUGGUGGACUCUACCAACAAACUCUUUGUCCAGUUCCUUCAGGCCGGAGACAUGUUUGUGUUCCCAAAGGGUCUAGUGCAUUUUCAGAUCAACUUGGAUAAAAACUAUCCUGCUGUUGCUAUUUCCGCAUUUGGUGGUGCCAAUGCAGGCACAAUUCCUCUUCCUCUCACACUCUUCGGUAGCAGAAUCGACAUUGAUUUGUUGGCCAAAUCCUUCAAGACUGAUACUGAAACCAUUGAAGAUAUUGUUUCAGCUUUUGCUGGUUGAUUUUACUGCUGGUUUAGAGUUUAUAAUGUUAAAUUGUUAUCAGUUUGGAAGGUUGCCUUUCACAAAGUAGAUAGGCCUGCCUUUAUUUUAUGUUUCAUUUGUUUGUAUGUUUUCCUUAAUAUCUGCAAGCUCUUUGGAUUUCCCUAG